AUGGGUCUGUUCGGCGGCAAGAAGAAGGACAAGAUCCCCGAAGUCGGCGGUCCCACCUCCUCCUCCUCGUACGGCCACCCCGGACCCGCACCCUCCAUCUCCGGCACCUCGUCCUACAGCUCCAACCCGCCUCCUUCGUACCGCACCGCACCUUCUUACGUACCCCCGAGCCAGGGAGGGCAGGGGUACGCGUCGACGAGUCACUUCAAUCGCCCGCAGGCCCCACCGACGCAGGGGUAUGGGCAGGGGCAGGGGGAGAGACCGCCUGUUGAGCCGGCGGGUGGGAAAGGCAAGGGCAGUUGGUUCGGGAAGAACAAGAAGGGAGAGGACAUGGAGGCGAGGAACGAGUUGUUGCAGGGUGCGGCGGCGCAGGCUCCCCCUCCUUCUUCGAGAUACGGGCCUGGCGGUGGAGACCCUUACUCCCCAGCACAGGGAGGGUACGGCCAACAAGAGCAGCAAUUCGAGAACGAGGAAGAUGAGGAGGUCGAGGGGAUCAAGCAGCAGAUGCGGUUUGUCAAGCAGGAGUCGCUCGCGAGUACGAGGAACGCGUUGAGGAUCGCGAGGGAGACGGAGGAGACUGCUAGGGCGACGCUGGAUCGGUUGGGAGAACAGUCGGACCGCAUCGCCAAUACCGAGCGUCACCUCGACCUCGCCAAGGCGCACAACGACCGCGCUGUCGACGAGACCAAGGAGCUCGAGGCCUUGAACCGCUCCAUCUUCCGCCCGAACUUCACCUUCAACAAGCAGGCAAAGCGUGACCGCGAAGAACGCCGCUUGCUCGACCGGCACAACGCCGAAAAAGCCGAGCGCGAGCAAGUCCGCCGCGAGCAAUACGAGUCGCGCCAGCGCAUCGACAAUGCGUUCAACCGGAUGGACCGGGACGCCGAGAAUGCCGCGGGCGCAAAGGCACGUGCCAAGGCUCGCGGGAGCGAGAGGACGAGGUAUCAGUUUGAGGCGACGGCGAGCGACGACGAGAUCGAGGACGAGAUGGACGACAAUUUGAACAACCUUGCGCACGUCACGGGCAACCUGAAUUUGCUCGCCAAGGCGAUGGGCACCGAGGUUGACGGGCAGAACAAGAAGUUGGGCAGGAUCACGGACAAGGCAGACGUGCUCGACAACAAGAUCGUCCGCUCAACCCAGCACCUCGGUCGCAUCAAGUAG